CCUAGAUAUAAUCAAAUUCUUCGCUGGUCACCGUUAUAUAUUCUCUUCGGUUCUCUUCUUUCCACCUACUGCAGCAGGAGAACAAAACCCCCAAAAAACUAAAACCGGGGAUUUCCGAGAAGAAGCGUCUCCCAGACGACGGGGAAAAUGGAGGUGGCGUCCUUCCCGAUUAUCAGAAUCGCAGCUAUUUGCGGGUCCCUUCGUCAAGGCUCGUUCAAUCGCGGCCUCAUCAGUUCUGCGCUGGAUUUGAGCAAGCAGGUGGUGAGCGGGAUGGAGAUCGAGUACGUGGAGAUAUGCCCUCUGCCGAUGCUGAACACCGAUCUGGAAGGACCCGGUGACAGUUUCCCCGACGCGAUUGAUGCUUUCCAUCAGAAAAUCAGGGAAGCCGACGCCGUACUCUUCGCGUCUCUGGAGUACAAUUACUCUGUCUCUGCGCCACUGAAGAAUGCGCUUGAUUGGGCGUCGAGAACUCCCAACUGCUGGGGUGGCAAGGCUGCUGCAAUUGUGAGUGCCGGGGGUGGUUUUGGCGGUGGGAGAUCACAUUACCAUCUUCGCCAGAUUGGUGUCUACCUUGACCUCCAUUUCAUCAACAAACCCGAGUUCUUCUUGAACGCAUUCGCUCCUCCUGCCAAAUUCGACAGCAACGGCAACUUGAUUGAUGCGGAGGCCACAGAAAAACUCAAAGAUGUGCUGCUCAGCCUUCGUAGUCACGCUCUUCGCCUCAAGGGUAGCUGAUAGAUCAUCUUCAACAAAAUGGCUAAUACUGCAUGUCAGAGCUUGCUACUGGAUUCAAUAUUGAUUUGAACACACGAAUAGACACAUUGUACAAUGAGCAGCUCUGUGUAUUGUGCCACUCCGGUCAGUGUAUAAUUUCAUCUUCUUUUCCUAUUCGAAAGCAGUCUGGAUUCUUCCACCCAAAAAUAAAAAGUCUCCGUUGUAUUGCAUUAUGUUUGUCCAAUCGAAUGUGUGAUUAAAUUGGUGUUUUUUGAAGGUUAAAUCUUGUAUUAAGCCCUGAUCGUCCCAAAAAAAUAGUGGUGCCUGAUUCGGGUCAAAUUGUACACAUUUUGUCCCUCAUUUUUUUGAUAGUUUGACUUCGUAUUUCAUCGUUCCUC